CGAUAUGAAAAAUUCUUGGUUCAGGUUUCCGCGCAUCGCAUGCACCAUGUAGUUGAAGUUUAACCUCCCUAACUUUUGCUAUUUUGUAAUUGAAUGUUUAAUUGUUAAUGAAUGAAGAUUUACUUGAAAGACUGUUAAAAUGUUUAGCAAGAGACUUGUAGGAUUACAUCAAAGAGUUCGGUAUUCUUGUGCCGUAUUUUCCAAGCACUCUUUGAAUACAAGACUUUCAAAUUCGGGAACUAUAUUACUGAAGAAGUCUCCUCAUCUUCACCCUAGUCUAAGUACUGUGAGGUAUUCUAGUUCAAACAGUGUUGUUCCGCCUGUUAUUACUAAAGCUAUUGAAGCUGCAACCUCUACUGGAAAUGAUUCAUUCACUCCUGCAAGUGUUGAGGAAGUAAUAAAAUCGAUCGGACCCAUACCAGAAAUACCUGCGUUACCAGGACCUAAAGUUUUAGAAUUGCUGGCGAAUGGCGAGCCAAGUCUUACAAGUCUUGGUUUGGGUGGCUGGUCCCCGUAUGGAUUACUUCAACAUCUCUUGGAGUUUGUUCAUGUUUCAACAGAUUUAAGUUGGGGAUGGACAAUUGUUGCGGUGGCUGCUUUGAUUCGAGUUCUUUGCUUUAAACUUGUUGUGCGCACUAGGCAAGAAUCCAUAAAAACUGCCCAUGUUUUACCUCAAAUGCAGUUCCUACAGCAGAAAAUGUUGGAGGCACGUCAACAAAAUGACAUAAUUGAAGCUUCCAGGUAUGCCAUGGAACUUAGCAACUUUACUAAAGAACAGCCAUCAAUGUAUGGGGCUUUAAAAUACGGAUUGGCUCAGGGUGCUAUUCUCCUUAGUUUUACCCAAGCUUUGAGGUCAAUGUGUAAUCUACCUGUGGAAGCCUUACAAACUGGUGGAUUUUAUUCAAUUGUGGACUUGACAAUGAAAGAUCCCACAAUGCUCCUUCCUGCAGCUAAUGGAUUGCUCUUUUAUAUCCACCUAUUGACAGCCAAGGAAAUACAAAAUAUGUUUCCUGGCAAGAAUCCUAUAUUUGUCCAUGCUGGCAUGGUAGGAGUAUCAGCAGCUUUGUUUUUGAUCAGCAUGAAUUUCCAAGGUGCUAUUGUACUUUAUUGGAUAUCAUCUCAAUGUGUGACACUAAUUCAGCACAGAGUCCUAAAACAUCCACGUGUUAAAGAGUAUUACAAUUUAGGUGAUAUUGGCAAUGCAAAAAUUGCAGAAAUGCUAAAGAAAGAAACUGCAAAGAAAACAAGUAGUACUAGUAAACUAGGAUUCUGGUCUCGCAUAAAAGAAGCCCAAGUUAACAAUCGCUUAGCUGAUGAAGUGAAGCGAAGAGCCGAACUUGAUAGUGCUGCAUUUGAGAGAGCAGGUCGUGAACCCAUCAGAAAAACAUAUAAAUAUGAUGUAACCAAAAUCAAAAAGUAAUUGAAGUUUGUGGUUUAGUGACCAAAUUAUAACUGUUUUGUAACCUA